CAUCACAUACAUGUCAUAUGUCAUCCGAUCCAUCGUAUUGUAUGUACGUGCACGCGACUAGAAAUGACAUAUGGACACUGUAGAGAUGUGACCUGCAUAAUACAGGAUUAUUUUCUCCUGAUUAGUGAGUUCAUACACAACAAUCGGUUUAUAAAGAUCAAGUGAGUAGUACCAGCUAGCAACAAGUAGGACAAUUUCACAGGAGAAAUAUGGCUGCGUGGUGGUGGAAACUCGGCCCAGUAAAUGUCCUUCUUUGCAGUUUUCUACUGACCGUGUUUUCUGCAUCUCCCUAUUACAAGCAGGCGCCCUCAACGUCGGACGCCCCGUUAGUUUUGCUUGUCUCCUUUGAUGGAUUCCGGUGGGAUUACUUGGACAGAAACAAGACCCCAAGUUUCGAUAGUUUCGUCCGAGACGGGGUCAAAGCCAAGUACCUUUUCGACACGUUCGCGUCCAAGACGUUUCCGAACCACUACACGAUUGCGACCGGAUUGUACCAAGAAUCGCACGGCAUUGUGGGGAAUAAUAUGUACAAUGUGUCAACAGGAGCCAAGUUUACCCUGCGUCACAAAUUCAACUCGUCGUGGUGGGAAGGCGGGGAACCAAUCUGGGUGACCAAUCAGAAUCAAGGGGGUCACAGCGGCCUCAUUAUGUACCCCGGCAUGGAGAUCCAAAUACGCGGCCAAUACCCAUCCUACAGACUGCCGAAGUACAAUUCUACGUUCCCGUACGAGGAGCGCAUCAACAUCAUGACGAGACUUUUCGCCAACGGCUCGAUAAAUCUCGGACUAUUAUAUUUCAGGGAACCGGAUCACUCCGGCCACAUGCUCGGCCCCAACUCACCAGACAUGGAUGCUGUCAUUCAGAUGUGCGACGAAACCCUGGGAUACCUGAUGAAAAAGCUGCGGGAUGCAGGCUUGGGGGACAGAGUGGACGUUAUCGUCACGUCCGACCACGGGAUGACGCCAGUUUCCAAGGACAACUUCACGCAGUUGGAUGAUUUUGUUGACCCCGAGCUUUACUAUUACACAGAUAAUAAUCCUGUGAUUGGUAUUUGGCCACACAAAGAGAGUGACGUUGACGUCAUUUACAACAAGCUCCAGGGAGCCAGCCCUCAUGUGUCCGUGUACUUAAAGGACGAGAUACCGGCGCAGUACCAUUACCGUGACAACCCACGCAUCGCACCGAUUCUGCUGGUUGCUAAGGAGGGCUGGGCAAUUCACGUUGGCAACAAAACAGGGAGUCAUUUUUUGAACUACAAAGGAAACCAUGGUUUUAACAACAGCCUGAUGUCCAUGCAUCCAAUCUUUGUCGCCCGUGGUCCUUCAUUCCGUCAGGGACUACUGGUGGAGCCCUUUGAAAACGUCAACAUCUACCCACUUAUCUGCAAGAUUUUAGGCCUGGAACCCGCACCGAAUAACGGCUCGUUGGAAAAUGUGCAAGAUUUACUGAAAUACUCGGAGCUUGUCACAAUAAUGACAACAAACGAGAAAGGAAUCAUCACUGAACCGCCUCCUUCAACUUGGUCUACCGGCACUGUCAUCGGCAUCGCAGUAGCCGGAGCCAUACUCCUCGUAGCUGCCUGUCUCCUAUUGGCCAUGUGUGCCAGGCAGCGGUCCUAUCGCCAGCAGCCUAGGGAGUACACGCCCAUCGCAGAUACAUCGCUGGAGGGCGUCGACGAGAUUGCUGAUUCGGGAUUCUCCUCCUACAACUAUCCCAACACCAAGAUCUGAAUCUGGAGAAGGGAGAGGAAUAAUGGAGGUGGGAGUUUAAGGUGGUGUCCACAUAUGGCUUUCAAUUGCUCAUACACCUAUGGAAGUGGCUAAGUCUACUUUCCAUAGACGCAUGUGUUACUAGCCGUAGCCGAGUAGUUUGGGUGUAGCCUCAGUUAAAUCUUCACAAGUCCGUGAUAAAAGUCUUAACCAGUUUGCGCCGGAGGCCGUGAUAACACGCGCUGGCUGUUGUACCCAGGCACAGCUGACGGAUUAAGACGUCAAGAUUGUCUCGAAUCGCCUCCGGGUGACGUCUUAACAGGCUAAUCCCUCGUGCCUUUUGUAUAUAUACACACACACAACAUGUGUUGAUCUUCAAUUGGCUGCUUGUGCACGGCCUGUUGUUGUACAAUUUAAGCUCUAGUACACACCCCGGAGAAUUGAAACAUAUGAGGUUGUGGCAAGAAAUAUCGUACAAAUACUGUUGAAAUUACUGUUGCUAAUCAUUUUUUUGUGGCAUUGGCCGCAUUUCAGAAGUAGGCUGGAAAAUGUUGCCUUUUGCAAAAAUCCAAAUUUUCGGCAAAACUAAUCCCGGCGCAAAGUGGUUAAGUAAAGUGACAAACCAUUCAAAUGAACUGAUACAAAUGAGUCAUUCCUUGGACGUUCAUCCCAUCAUAAUUGUGAUUUGACUUGUCACAGAAUUGUGUUCAAAGUUCUAUUUUAUAGAAAAGAGUAAAGUACAUAAUGAGGGUGAGGAUAAUGUGGGGAGGGAGACAAAGAAGACAAUUUUGGGUCAUGUACGGUAUCAUGUAAUUAUAAAUUUCAUGUUCAAGAUUAGGCUAUCAUAACUCAGCCAGUUUUACCAAUUGUACAGUUGUUCUUAGAGACAUUAAAGUCCAACAAUAGGAUCUGUACAUGUAUGUUAGUGCAAACAUGUUUUACACAUAGUGUCUAUGUACAGAAAUCUAAUUUUAUUGCAAGCCGAGUAUGUUUUGACAUAUUUGAGUGUUAGUUUUUGAACGGUUGUGUAAUUUAGGUUCACCUUAUGUACGCAUGUAGAAACUACUUUUAAAAUGUUUUUAACAAGUUCGAUUUCCACACUCUACUUUUUGAUCAGCCUUAGCACAGUAACAGUUAGAAUUUACUGAUGUGCUGUAAAAGAACGAGGUAUGUUGUACAUGUAAAUUAUGCAAUUCUGUUGUCUGAUUGUUCAGGAGCAACAGUAGGUCAUGUGUUUCUUAAUAUAACCAAUUUAAUCACAGCAAUGAUCCUCGAUGACGCAACCUGAUCUAGGUAUAAUGCUAGUGCAAAAAUCAUACUUGCUGCGACAUAGACUGAUAUAUGGUACACGAUAAGUGUUUGACCUCGUACAGUGAG